AUGCAACAAGCUAGGUACGACUACUCCGGACCUCUCCAAGGGCCACAGAAUCGUGUCUCUAACGUAAAUUACUUUCUCCUUGCUCUCAGCUGCAUCUCAUGGGUAUCCGGCUGCGUGAGUGUCGCGGUUGGCAUCUACGAAUCCUUCUAUGCCAGUCACAGAAUAGUACGCUUCUAUAAUGCGUCCAAACUAUUUCCUGUCGCAGUAGUUAUCGGCGUCAGUGGCUGUUCCUUACACAUACUCAACACCGUCGGAUGCUUGGGUGUAUUAAAAAAAUCGAAAUCACUAUUGCUGUGGUAUGGAGUCUGCACUCUCAUCGUCUGUCUAUUUUACAUCGGAUGUGGAAUUUGGGCGGCAAAAUAUUACGCGCAGGUCGAACUGGAUGUAUCAGCCAUGAUGACGAAGCUAGUGCAACGAUACGAUGAAAGCAAGUUGCUCGUGGACGAUGAUACCAAGUUUUUGAAUUUGCUGCAUUUCAAGCUCCAAUGUUGUGGUAAAAACGGAGUUUCCGACUUCAAUGGCCGCAAGCCAAUCUUGUCGUGUGGGGUAGAUCCUCACAAAAGACAGGGGUGUUUGCCAGUUCUGAAAGCUACUAUUCACGCCGGGCUAUUUCGAAUAGCAACUAUGGGGUUUUCAGGAGCCCUUCUGCACGCUUUCAUUGCAAUUGUGGCUUUCAUGGUCAGCUGCUGGACGCGCAAAACUGGCAACGUUUAG